AUGCACCUAACCUUGUUUUCCAGUUGUCUGUGUGAGUCUCGUACUCGAUUAGCCAAUGCUCUCACCUUCCUGACCAGCCUUGGUUCUGUUGUGGCUGUUCGCUCGUCUCUGCUUCGCCUCCUAGCCUCUUCUUCGUCUUUAUCAUCAUUACAAAUAAAAUCAAAUAUUUUUGGUCAGGCUUACGGGUUAACAAGUAGGCCGAACGGCUCCAUUGAAGUGGAAGAUAAUGAAUCAGUCGCAACAGUAGUCAAGACAACCUUGCCUGCGACCAGUGAAGAUCAUCUCGCCAAGCUUCGGGCGGAUCUGGAGAAAGCGCCUGCCAAUAUUUGGAACGACCUUCUGAAACCCCUAUUUUUACAGCACAUAGAAAAAGAAGUUUCGCCUCGAAAUUGUGCUAUAUAA